GUGAUACCUAUCAGAGUGGGACAUUAAUCCAAUCCCAGUCCAGUCGCCCAGUAGGUCCAGCACACAUCGCGGGAUUUUUUUUUUUAAACAAACCUGCACACCUUAGAGAGGAUGCAUCUGUGUCAGACUGUGAUGUAUCUCAGCUUGCUGAUUGCUUUGGGUCCAGUAGUUUUGAGUGACCAAGAGACGCACCAGCAGCCCGUCGCCACCAGCCCGGAGGACACGGAGCAGUGCGCUAGCUGCGAAGUCCGACAGCAGAUUAAAACCAUGCGAUUAAACGCGAUUAAAUCUCAGAUUUUGAGCAAACUGAGAAUGAAAGAAGCUCCAAAUAUCAGCCGAGAUAUUGUGAAGCAGCUACUGCCCAAAGCGCCGCCGCUGCAGCAGCUUCUCGACCAGUACGACGUGCUGGGAGACGACAACAAGGAUGUGGUUAUGGAGGAGGACGACGAGCAUGCCACCACGGAGACAAUAAUGAUGAUGGCCACUGCACCCGAGUCCAUCGUCCAAACGGACGGGCUACCAAAGUGCUGCUUUUUCUCUUUCAACCAAAAGCUUCAAGCCACUCGCAUACUGCGGGCUCAGCUGUGGGUGAAUCUGCGCCCGUCGGAGGAGGCGACCACCGUGUUCAUGCAGUUCUCCCGCCUGAUGCCAGUCACGGACGGGAGAAGGCACGUACGCAUCCGCUCCCUGAAGAUCGAGGUGAAUGCCGGGCUCAGCUCUUGGCAAAGCAUAGACGUCAAACAAGUGUUGGCCGUGUGGCUGCAGCAGCCGGAGACCAACUGGGGAAUCGAGAUUAACGCCUUCGAUUCGAGGGGAAAUGACUUGGCCGUAACCUCCACAGAGCCCGGAGAGGAAGGACUGCAACCGUUCAUGGAGGUGAAGAUCUCAGAGGGGCCCCAGCGUGUUAGGAGAGACUCGGGCCUGGACUGUGACGAGAAUUCUCUGGAGUCCCGGUGCUGUCGUUACCCGCUCACUGUGGACUUUGAAGACUUUGGCUGGGACUGGAUUAUUGCACCGAAGCGCUACAAGGCCAACUAUUGCUCCGGGGAGUGUGAGUACAUGCACUUGCAGAAGUAUCCACACACCCACUUGGUGAACAAGGCCAACCCCAGAGGGAGCGCCGGUCCCUGCUGCACCCCCACCAAGAUGUCGCCCAUCAACAUGCUCUACUUUAACAGAAAGGAGCAGAUCAUCUACGGCAAGAUCCCUUCCAUGGUGGUGGACCGCUGUGGAUGCUCUUGAGUUGGAUGGAGGGGCUGUGGCUUCUUCCGUCCCCCAACUUCAAACUUUUUUUAACACAACCAAUCCGCCAGUUCCGAUGCUUUCCUGCAGAACACGGUGCAGUAGAACCAGAGUAGCCGCAAACAGCCCGACCCUCCCGCAGGGCAGCGCUUUCACAACCAGCCUAGCGCUUGCUUUUAUUUCCUCCAUUGAAAUCUCAGCCAUAGAGGCUGGAAGUCAGAUGGAUGCAGAAAGUCACGUACACAUUCAAACACACGUGGCGAACCUGGGAGGGAAGGUAGAAAGAAGUUAUGCAAAAAACGUUUUUUUGCCCCCGUAUCUGUGUUCUCUGCUGUUCAUUUAUACACACAUGCCGACAGAUUAUACUCGUACGCCAUCUACUCCACUUCACAUGUAGCCAACAUAAAAGCUAUUACACUUUUUUGCUAAGAUAUGUGCUUGUGGUAAUCAUUUUUCAAGUUAUGUUGUCAGAGUGAAAACCUCAUGGACUUUUUGAAAAGGGCUCGGAAAAACACAACUGGAGGCUGAUACGAGGGAUAUUCUGCUUUGGCAGAACAUGUUUUGGUACAAAUGAUGAAAAGUGGCUGCAUGGCAAACCCUUAAUCACUCCAGUAUAAUUUGAACUGCACCCAAUUUUGGACAAUCAAUUGCAAGUCAUUCUCUCUCUUGUAUUGCAUUCAACUUUAAGUUGCCGCAUUGGGUAUAAAACCCUAAACAGAGGUGGUGACGUGUUGGUUUGUUCCACUGUUCCACCGGGGUGAAGUACCACUCCUGACCCGGUUUCACCAUACACACAUGCGGCGACGUAUCCAACCGAGGAGCACUCGUGUUCAGACAUGAUCUAUCCAACAAAACAGCCUGAGCCUGGAACCUGUGAGAUACACUUGAAUUAUUCUGAUUGUGAAUUCACAAGAGUGCACAGAAGGACUUGAACUGAAGGCACAGUGAAUGCAGCCUACAAAUGAAAAACAAAAAUGUUUUUAAGACAAUGAAAAUGGAUUAUUGAGAUGUAUGAAUGUUGAGAUCAUGCUUAAACUCUGUCUACAAACAGCACAGUUUGCACUAUGGCACACCAAUAUUAUAAUUGGUUGCUACAAAAGUUGUAAAAACUGAUUUUGAUAUGUUUGCUAAUUUGUAUUGUAUACAUAUGCCAUUGUUUCCAUAAGGGGUUGCCCUUCUAAACCACCUGUUGGUAAAUGUAUAAAACCACAAUCUAGCAAGAUAAAUGUUGUAAUGCAGCAACUCUAUAUACUUGUUUUAACAAAUAAAGUUUCUGGCUUGUUU